AUGAAAUCUAAGCCAUUUGGAUAUGGUGGCAGUACUGAUGUAUUUCGUGCUCAUUGGACACGACAUACUGUUGAUGUAAAGCGUUUACGUACAGGUGCAAGUGCAAGUGCAAGUGAUGCAAAACAGUUAUCUCAAUUGAAAGGAGAAAUAAACAUUCAUGUUGGAUUACGACAUCCCUGUAUUAUUUCGUUAUAUGGAUACACAAGUAAUGGUGACGGCAAAGAAAUAGUCAUGGAAUAUGCAGAAAAUGGUUCAUUAAAUCAAAUUGGAGAAAUGCCGAAAACCACAACUCCUCAAUUGGGCACUUGA